AUGGCUUUUCAAGACCUGAAUGCUGUUUUGCUCGAUAAAAAAGGGACUCCUACCGAUACCUCUCCGAGCAAAAAGUAUGGUACUGGCUCCUGCAUAGGUGCAGAUACAUCUUUUAAUGAUGUACAGAGUACAAGCACUAGUACUGUGGGGUUGAAAUUUAGCACCGUAAGUUUCCCCGAAAAUGAACGCGUUACUUUGAAGGAUACGAUCCCUUACUAUUUGCCCUGUUUCUCAUGGAUUCCAACUUAUUCUGUGAAGAAAUGUAUGGGUGAUUUCAUCGCAGGUUUAUCUUUAGCAUCUUUUCAAAUUCCGUUAGCAAUGUCCUAUGCAACGUCAGUAGCGCAUGUCCCUCCAUUAUGCGGGUUAUACUCUCUGGUAUUCUCUCCAGCGGUUUACACAGUUCUUGGGUCUGUUCCUCAAAUGAUUGUAGGGCCAGAGAGUGCUAUUUCGUUGAUUUUGGGGCAAGCAAUUGAAGCAAGACUUUCAGAGGACCCAAAACUGAAGGCAAUUAACAUUUGUUUGGUCAUUACUUUUAUCUCCGGUUUAGUUUUACUUACUGGUGGAUUGUUGAGAUUAGGUUUCUUGGAAAAUGUUUUGAGUAGGGCAUUGUUAAGGGGAUUCAUCAGCGGCGUGGGUGUCAUUAUGGUCAUCACGUCCUUGGUUGUCGAGUUGAAGUUGAAUCAUGUAACACCAACGAGGCAAGAACAUUAUCAUUCACCGUUUGAAAAAGUAUUAUUCAUUAUGAAAUAUGGUCCUGAAAAUUAUCAUAAACCAACAGCGAUACUAAGUCUCGUCGCCUUCGUAAUUCUGAUGAGUCUGAGGAUCUUCAAGAAAAGAUAUGGGAAAAAAUUCAAAUGGCUUGUCUUACUUCCUGAUAUUCUUGUCGUUGUUGCUCUUUCCAUUUUCGUUUCAUAUAAGAUGCACCUUAAAUCAAGAUAUGGAAUCGAAAUCAUUAACGAUAUUCCUAAGGAUUCCAUGAAACAUUUGAAGAAUCCUUUUUCUAAUGUUAAUGUGGCUACUUUCAAAGAUCUAUUUAGUACUGGAUUUAUGGUCGCCAUGCUAGGGUUUUUUGAGUCAGCAACCGCGUCAAAAUCUUUGGGCACCAGUUACAAUUUGGCAAUUUCUUCAAAUAGAGAAUUGAUUGCAUUGGGUUCAAUGAAUGUGGUUGGUUCCAUGUUUGCCAUUUUGCCAGCAUUUGGUGGGUAUGGCCGUUCGAAGAUCAAUGCAUACAGUGGAGCACAAACCACUAUGUCUGGUUUUUUCAUGGGUUUGGUUACCUUGUUCACGAUACAAUUUCUUUUACCUAUUAUCAGAUACAUCCCUGUAUGCAUCCUUUCGGUAAUAACAACAGUAGUUGGUCUAACUCUUCUUGAGGAAGCCCCUCAUGAUUUAAAAUUCCAUUGGAGAUGUAAAGGAUACAGCGAAUUAACUGUUUUUACUGUGACGUUAUUAGCUACCUUGUUUUACUCGUUAGAAGCUGGUAUUUAUAUUGGGUGUGCAUGUUCUAUAAUCAACGUGAUCAAGCACUCUGCCAAAUCUAGAAUCCAAAUUUUGGGUAGAGUUCCUGGAACUGAAACCUUUAUCAAUGCAGAUGAUUAUCAAGCAAAUGCAGCAGGUUACUUCAUAAAUCCACAGAUCGAAGAAAUCGAAGGGUUUCUAAUAGUGAAGAUUGCAGAACCUUUGACUUUCACCAACGCAGAUGAUUUAAAGAUGAGAUUGCAUCGUUUAGAGAAACAUGGAUCUGCUGUUACUCAUCCUGCUGCACCUAGGUCUCGCAGAAAAGAAAUGACUGAAAAUGUCAUAUUUGAUAUGAAAGGUAUGACCCACAUCGACUCCUCUGCUGCCCAGACAUUAGAGGAGAUUUUGUCCGCAUAUAACCGCAGAGAUGUUCACGUUUUCUUGACGAAUGUUCCAUUGACUGAGAAGGUCAGAGAGAGACUCGUUACCUCUGGAGUCGCAGAGCUAUGUGAAAGAAAUACGAUUACAAACUCUUCUUAUUUCAGCACCAUUGAAGAUGCACUUACUGCAGCGGAUGUCAUUGCACAAAGACACAAUCAGCAAUAUCAUACACCACCUCCCAGCAUAUUUUCAAAUACCUUGUUGAACUCUUCGAUGGCAUAA